UCGAUAGUCCAGAGGUUCAAAACAAACAUGGCGGACUCGGACUUCGAGGAAUUCGGCCAACGGUUCGACAAAAUCCCUCAACACUCUACGAAUACCUCUCCAUUUUACUCCCUGGUGCACGUCGAAGAAGACUCCCCCACGUCUUCCCGUAGCGAAGACGCCGACCAUGACUGUGAUAUAAUUGGAGACGCGAACGUGCCGGAAGCAGAAUGUUCCAAGGCGAGGACCGUGGUAAAAGAGGAACCCAAACCCCGCCCGGAUCCCUUCUCCAGGGGCGUACCGAUACCGCCGUGGAACGGAGAACGGCGCCGCAGGAAAUUGCCCGAAAUUCCGAAGAACAAAAAAUCUGUGAUUGCGACCAUGUACGGGGCGCAGUCGAGAGAGAUGUCCUUAGCGGAUGAAAUGGGAUGCAACAGUGGACCAAGCUCAAUUCUAGUAUUAAAGUGUGGAUACCUUUGGGACGAUUCGCCCGAAUCGGAUAGAUUGUUAACGGACGCAGACAGCGGCCACAGCACGGCUCAUUCGCCCACCGGAACCGACGGGCCAAAAUCGAUGUCGCCUCUGAUGGGCAGUUCCCCGUCAAUCGUGGGUGGCAUGGUCUACAAUGACGUCGACAUGCUGGAGCCCACGCACAGGGGGUUGCACAAGUUUGUGCCACGUCACGACGACGAAAUCGAAGUUGAAAUCGGCGAUCCGAUUUACGUACAAAAAGAAGCCGACGACCUCUGGUGCGAAGGCGUAAACUUAAGAACUGGCAGAAUGGGAAUUUUUCCAUCCGCCUACGCCGUAGACAGCGACUACAGCGACUGGGAUUCAUCUUGCGAACACGGCCGCCGCGAAAGAUACCUUUUGGGCUACAUCGGAUCGGUGGAAACGCUAGCGCAUAAAGGUACCCCCGUGGUGUGCCAGGCUGUCCGGCGCGUGAUUAGCAAUCACGGCGGCGAACCCGAAUUGCAGCCCUGCACCCUCGAAGUCUCCGACCAGGGCCUGAGGAUGGUCGACCGGAGGAAACGAAACCAAAGCGAUCCUUGCAUAGAUUACUUUUAUUCCCUGAAGAAUGUGUCGUUUUGCGCGUUUCAUCCCAGGGAUCACCGCUAUUUGGGAUUCAUAACGAAGCACCCGACGCUGCAGAGGUUCGCCUGUCACGUUUUUAGGGGGCAAGACUCGACCAGGCCUGUGGCGGAAGCGGUAGGGCGGGCGUUUCAGAGGUUCUACCAAAAAUUCAUCGAGACUGCGUAUCCGGUCGAAGACAUUUACAUUGAGUAAUCAAUUCCUAACUCACAAUGUAAAUAGAAUCCAUAAUGCUGUGUCGUCAUCAAUAAGUUUGUGACAUAUUCUAUAGUUUUGUAUUCGAUCAUAUCAUAAUUUGUAGCAUCGUUUAUGUAUCUUUAAUUUUAAGUAAUUUUAUUUACAUCUGGCGUUUUUUACCUACAUAUGGGGCUACGUAGCGAAACGCAUUUUUUUUCUAUAUGAAAGAAGAAACAGCAUUUGUCUAGUGCAAUAAAAGCUAUUUUUCGAUAUUCGAAUAUUUUUGAUAAUGUUGCUGUUGAUAUGUUCUAUCAUGCCUCAUCGUUAGUAAUUGUUAUUGAUUCGUUUCGAAUGUAACUUCCUACAUCUUUUUUGAAUAAAACUGCUAAGUGAGUAUCUGUGUGAUUCCGAAU